GAGACCAUGAUGGAUCACACCCUGAGGACAAUCUCCUACAUCGCUGACAUCGGCAACAUCGUGGUUCUGAUGGCGAGACGCCGUAUGCCCCGCCCAGACUCAACGGACAGUGUGGAGGUGUCUGAACCUGACCAGGAGGAGAAACAAAGCCAGUACAAGAUGAUUUGUCACGUUUUUGAGUCGGAGGAUGCCCAGCUGAUAGCCCAGUCUAUAGGCCAGGCCUUCAGUGUGGCGUACCAGGAGUUCUUGAGGGCCAAUGGCAUCAACCCAGAGGAUCUGAGUCAGAGAGAAUACAGUGAUCUGCUCAACACUCAGGACAUGUACAAUGAUGACCUCAUACACUUCUCCAAGUCUGAGAACUGCAAAGAUGUUUACAUUGAGAAGCAGAAGGGUGACAUUCUGGGCGUGGUGAUUGUGGAGAGUGGGUGGGGCUCCAUCCUGCCCACAGUCAUCAUCGCCAACAUGAUGCAUGCUGGUCCAUCUGAGAAGUCUGGUCGUCUGAACAUCGGAGACCAGAUCAUGUCUAUCAACGGGACCAGUCUGGUAGGACUACCCCUGUCUACCUGCCAGACUAUCAUUAAGGGUCUGAAGAACCAGUCUCGUAUCAAGCUGAACAUCGUACGGUGUCCUCCCGUAACCACGGUGCUCAUCAGACGACCUGACCUCAGAUACCAGCUGGGCUUCAGCGUACAGAAUGGCAUUAUCUGCAGCCUUAUGCGGGGGGGCAUCGCUGAGAGGGGAGGAGUCAGGGUUGGCCACCGCAUCAUCGAGAUCAACAGCCAGAGCGUAGUGGCCACACCCCACGAGAAGAUUGUCCACAUCCUGUCCAACGCCGUGGGAGAGAUUCACAUGAAGACGAUGCCAGCUGCCAUGUACCGCUUGCUAACUGCCCAGGAGCAACCCGUUUACAUGUAGAACCGACCUUCUGACUCUAUCCUGUCCCCUGACCCCUAGCAUCACUGCACCCUAUGUGUGUGAGGCAAUUCCUCCCCCUCUCCCCAAAACCCCAGCUCACCAUUGGAAAAUGAAGCUUAUAUAGCCUUAUGAGUGGACCUGUCAUGUGCUCUGGAUUACUCUCCAAUCCGAUUGUUUUGCUGUGGAGAGUAGAGGUGGGCUGGUUCAAGCCCCUCCCAUUCCGAGGGUUGUUUCCUGCCCUUCUCCCUCGUUCU